AAGUAAAGGGAAUAACAAUGUGAGGUUAGAUUCAGAGCGGCGGCAGUUGCGUGGUUUUUUCAGAUUCGCUUGUUAGCAGGAAUAAAGCUCUGUUUACUAUUAAAACCAAGAUGUCCGUCCGGUUUCCCUGCCUUUUCGCGGUAACUGCAGAGUAUUGACGGGCCCCUGCACCACCAGAAGCUUGCAGUUGCAUGUACUGGGUUUUCGCGCUCUUUAGGUCGUGUUUACGCAUUGGUAUAGUUCGACGGGUACGACGGAAAUUGAUAUGGUGAAGAAAUGAGCAGAGCAGAACCAGAACCAGAAGCCUGUCUUCCAACAGAGUCUGUAAUCAAGGACCUGUAGAAGUCCUGCCGCGACGAAGGAACCGCUGACGCUCACCACCAGCGAUGGACCUCUACAAUUACUCUAUCAAGAAGCGGCGCCCGCAGCUGCAGCGGUCCUACACAGAUGGCCACGAGCAGGUAGGUGGCUCGUCUGCGAGCCUGCGGAGGGGAACUGCAGCAGGCUACCACGAUAGCUACAACUUCCCCCGAAGCGGGGCCAGCGCGACCCUUCUUGCCGGGGGUGCAGUUGGUAUCAGCGACGGCAACAACGGUGGCGGAAAGAACACGUCAGGGACGCGGAAGCAGUUGAAGAAAUCUGUGACUGUUUACGGAGCGUCUUCCUCCUCGUCUUCAAGCAAUUACAAUGCACUUUUUUCGGCGCCAAGAAACAAUGUGCCAAGAAACAUUAAUCACGCCAGCGACGGCCCGGAGGCCGCCGUGAUUAGUAGUGUUCAUACGAGGUGGUCGGACCACUUGCAGGAUGAGCACCAGGUGGAGCAAGGCAGGGCUCAUAUUGGCGGUGAAUCAGGAGGUCUACUUCACAAUCCCGCCAAAAGCACGACAGGAUCUGCGCAGGAAGUAGUUGGGGACCAUUCCAACAAUUUUGGAGCUGCUCCGUUCAUCCCGCAACGAACUAGUAUGCUGAGCAAAGAACACGAUCUGAAGGGAGUUCGAAUCGAACCGAACGAGAACUCGAACUGCAGCUCGCCGGCCGACUAUCCUGAAUGAAAUCACCAUCACCUGUUCUUCCCCGCAAUUUGGAAUGGUGCAGAACAUCUUGCGAGAUGUUGUACUUCGUAGCUUGUGAUGUAUCUUUCUAACUAUGCAUGUUCGUUUGUAGGAGCACAUACAAAUCCAAUUGUUCGUACGGGGUGAGCAGUCUGAUUUUGCACAGGAUGCCGCGCACAACACAAAGAUGAACGAGGUUGGUGUGAUGGUUGGCUGUGGUCCAGCAACUUCGUCUUCUUCAGCCGGCCAUCAUCACACGGCGGGAGGCGGGUCCUCGUCUGCUGGUGGUACAACAGGAGGCCAGCCAUCUCAUCGACAGCAUCACGGAAAUAAAAGUACCAACAUUUCGACGAUGAACACAGUUUCCUCGUCCACCGCGGCCGAGCAGAGCACAAGGUGCUGCACGCGUGGCGGUGCGAUGUCCCCGCUGCUGCUUGAGGAGAUGAGAAGCCCCGCCGCGAAUCGCCUCGAUUGGUCGUCGACGCGGAAAAACUUGCAGUCGGGGUUCAAAAACGCCAACAACGCCACGACCAGCGCAAGAAACAAUCACUCGAACACGGGCUUACUACACGCAUCCUCCUCCAGUGGCAAGAAACGCAGCAAGAAGACGGGCGGUGGAGGACAACAGAAUUACCAGAAGAUGGGAAUGAACAAUAAUGAUAAUCCGUACUUUUCUGCGGUGUUUGGCACACCCAACGGCUCGGCGGGAACUGGAACUGGUACGGCGACCCAGAAUGGAAGAGGUGGUCUGGGGACAAAUAAAAUCAAUGCAGCGACUGGGAUGCUGUCAACGGUGAACGAGGAUCAGCAGCUUCUCAACCAUAGCGCGGUUUUCCUCGAAGAUGGUGCAGCACAUCAUCAUCGAGGCAACCACCAGGUAGAAGAACCCAACCAGUUCUCCCCGGUCCGACCACUUCAGUUCGAGCAGAUUCCACGAUCGGACGAUGAGUCCGUGUCCCUGUCUGCACAAGAACGUCAAGCUGGUGGAGCGGGGCGAAACAAAAGUCGGAGGUCAUCACAGGGUGACGCAGCAGAUCGAGACUACUUUCGGAAGAUUAAAGAUAGAGGCUCCUAUUCCUACGGCGGAAGCAGUAGCUCGAGUGCGCGCAUUUGGUUUUCGCCAGGACAACGCGGAGAUGAAGGAGGUUCCUCAGGUGCAAAGAAGGUGGAGCUUGAAGAUUUUGGCAGUGCUGUAUUUCACGACCGGAAGCAGCAAGAACACAAUGAACUACACACAGCAGCUCGUGCCAAUGCAAAACCUAUGGGGGACAGCGAACAUGAUUUCCUGAGAAGGAAGCCAAAGGCAGCCUGGGAAGACCAGUUCUUGAAUGGCAAUGGCGUAGCACAAGGGACACAGCGGGGAGAUGAUCAGUUAGCAAGAACAGCUUCCCAACACUCCACUUCGCAAUCGCGGGCAGUGUCUGCCACUGCAAGUCAACAUCAACAGCACGCUGAGGCAGCAGACAACUUGCAACGAACAACCUCGGCGCCCAGUGCGAAAACCAAAAAGACAGUCUCCAUCAAGCUCCCAGACGAACUGUACCGCAGCGCCCUCAACCCGGCGAAGCCACCUUUGCAUGCGCAGCAGCCGAAUUUUUCCGAUCGGUUCAUCCCCAGCCGGCGAGAGACGGAUUUGCGUACUGGGCUUCUUGUGAUGGACGAGCAAGUAGAUAGCAAUCAGAACAGCCACCAACCCACGCAGGCGCUAGACAGUGCGCAGGACGAGAACACGCGGGCGUACACAAAUCUCUUAAAGUCCGAGCUACUCGGUCUUCCGCAGGCGCAAUCUUGCUUGACCGGAGACUACGGUCCGGUCAGUAACGUGAACCCGUCGGAACUGCCAGGGAACCUGUUCAAAUUCAAAUCAGCUCCGCAAUUGCGCUGUGACGACGCUUUCUCGCUGUCCACGGUCCUCUUUCACACCGACACGUCGCAGGCCGCACCGCGGAAGCCGCCACGCAAGAUUGCGAAAGUACGGAAUUUGUUCUUGGAAUGUGGUUCAUCUUUUUUCAACAGUGCUGCUACAUACAAGUUUUCUACUCAGCGAGCAGGCCAAAGCCCACAGGCCUGAACGGUUGUAAAAAGCAUUAGCAUUCUUAGACUCGUGGUCGUGAGAAAUUAUUAAGCUCGAACAUGACAGGUUCCGUACAAGGUUCUCGAUGCCCCGCAACUUCAGGACGAUUUUUAUCUAAACCUUGUGGACUGGUCCUCGACCAACUGUCUUUCCGUCGGGUUGUCGAAUUGCGUGUACCUUUGGUCCGCUUGCACCUCCCGAGUCACCAAACUGUGCGAACAGCAAGGAGAUUCCGUGACCAGCGUUUCCUGGACGCAGCGCGGUACCCAUCUCGCGGUCGGCACGAACCGCGGGGAGGUUCAGAUCUGGGACGUCGGUGCGGGUAGGAAGCUGCGAACGAUGGGCGGGCACAAGGGGCGCGUUGGAAGUAUGGCCUGGAACGGGUACGUGCUGUCUACCGGCUCACGGGACCACCAAAUUUUACAUCGCGACGUGAGGCAGCAGGUAGUACUGAUUUCAUCUGUGAGAUUCAUAUUCAAUGAAAAAUGUGUAAUUCUUGGUGCAGUAUACGGAGAUGCGAUUCCGAUUCAUGGGCGCCAUCUUGAUCUGAUGAUCAUUAAUGAAGCAUAUAUCGAACAACAGGUUCAUUACAUGGCCCGUCUGCAUAUCACAGGAAAAAGUGUUAACGUUGACGGAAUUUGUGACGCAGCAAUGCAUCACAAAACAUGCCAAAAUUUGUAAUGCAUAGUAGGCAUAUUGGGCUACAUUUGUGAUGCAUAACUGCAAUCUGUGAAAACCGUUAACGUUAACACUUUUUCUUGCGAUACUGCAAGGACACAAGCAGGAGGUUUGCGGGCUGAAAUGGAGUUUUGACGACGGCCAGCUCGCCUCCGGUGGCAACGACAACAAGCUACUCAUUUGGAACCUCCGGAGUACCAGUCCCGUUUUGAAGUUCACGGAGCAUCAGGCCGCGGUGAAAGCCCUGGCCUGGAGCCCGCACCAGCACGGCCUGCUCUGCAGCGGAGGCGGGACCGCGGACCGGUGCAUUCGCUUCUGGAACACCGUCAACAACACGAAUCUGAGCAGCAUCGACACAGGAAGUCAGGUACAACUUACGUACGUAGUAGAGGAGCUUUCUUUCGAACAAAUAAAGGGAGGAGUGGCAGCUUCUCGUGAAGAUGUUCCAUGCAAAUAAUGCGAGAAAACUACGUCCUCGACUACAUGUACUUAUCGCUAUCCAUACGAUUUUUGCGAAGUGAAGAUCCAUCUUCUACUAUGUACAACGCAAAAGUGCUCAGGUCUGCAACCUUUCCUGGAGCACUUCGGUGAACGAGAUUGUGUCUACGCAUGGGUAUUCGCUGAAUCAAAUCAUCGUCUGGAAGUACCCGAGCAUGCGGAAAGUCGUGACCCUGACCGGCCACACCUACCGCGUCCUGUACCUCGCGCUGUCCCCGGAUGGGCAGUCCAUCGUAACCGGGGCGGGAGACGAAACGCUGCGGUUCUGGAAUGUGUUUCCGGGCAGUUCGGGCCGCAGCAACGGCAAUCAAUUGCUGUCGCUGCCCUUUUCUACAACGAUUAGGUAAUGAUUGCACUCUUCUUCUUUGUAGCGCUCUGUCUUGAAAUUAAACGUGGCUGCUGGUGCAUGAGGGACAAAGUAGCGAGUCCUCAGGAGAGGUCUCCAUCGCGUUCAUUUUUCUUCAACAUCAACAAAAAACAAAAUUUAGACGUAGAAUGAAGCACUAGCGCGCAUUUUUCCCCUCGUGAGCAGAAUUAAGCACUUUUCUAGGUUCACGCAGGUGGAGGUACUAACAAAAAUCCCAAGAAACGAAAAUUUUGCUAGCUACAAGUAGUACAGCAACAAGCUACCACCUUUGAAGAUUUUUUCAGUAAAUUCACUCGAAUCUUUGUUCCAAAAUUGAUCAAUGUCUUCUGUACAUUUUUUACGAAGAUGCCACCUCUGACCGAGACCGACCUAACGCUCUCAACUGACUGCAUCUAAACAUAGAGAUGCUAGUCGGCACUCUCGAGUAACUCGCGAGUCUUCAGAGUGUCAGCAGCUUUCACUUUUUCGAUUUUAGUUUAUUUUUCAGUUUUCUGCUUUCGCUUUGUAUUUGUUUCACUUUGUUUCGUCAAUGGAUACCUGUACCUCCCUGUACACCUCAUUUUCUGGAGGAAGUGUCACUUGGAACCAACCCUUGUAAGAAAAAAUCGCCUCGACGGCACCACCGUAUAGCUUGUACCGAAUUUCAUUGCGCGUACCUUUUUUUGCAAUUUGUGAGCCACACCACGUCAUUUUUGCGAAGGUUUUGGUAUGUUUCAGCAAUUGAAAACUAGUCUCCGGUGAAAAUUAACGGUCGCUGUUUGUGUCAUUGUCUAUUGUCAUUUGAGCAACCUCGCAUUCGCUGCCCGGAGACAAAUGAGAGCGCAGGCUUUUUUCAUGGCUUGAGUUUGCUUCUGUGGCAGCAUGCGAGUCUAUAUACAAAGUUUGAUUUUUCUUUCUGUACAAUCUCAAUAAAAUCUUUCACUCAACGACGUAAAACAAACUUGUACCAAAAGAUUCUUGACGUUGCUAUUAGCGACGGCUUCAAAUAAGGCACAUUUUCCUGCUGUACAUCAAAUAGAAAUAU